AUGACGAAAGACGGCAGCGUAGUCUACCCGCGCAUGAGCAAAAAGGGUCCCUUCACCGUGGAAGCCCCUGGUGUUGAGCCCGUCCCCGGAGAGACCGUACCGCGGCGCCACCCCAGGGCUAAGGAUGGCCUCCUUUUAAGACCUGCCGAGGACCUGGCGACCACCUAUGACGCCUUCCGCUGGGCGGCGCGCAGCUAUGGCAACGCCAAAGCUGUUGCCAGCCGUCGGCUCAUCAAGACCCACAUCGAGACCAAGAAGGUCAAGAAGGUUAUUGAUGGAGUCGAGCAGGAGGUUGACAAGCAGUGGACGUACUUUGAGAAGGGGCCCUACUCUUACAAAAGUUUUAUCGAGUAUGAGACGCUGGCGCUCGAGCUCGGUAAGGGGUUGCGAAAAAUUGGUCUGAACAAGGGCGAUAAGGUUCACCUCUAUGGCGCAACGAGCGCAAACUGGCUGGCGAUGUCUCACGGUUCCGCAUCCCAGUCCCUGACUGUCGUUACCGCGUACGAUACCCUUGGCGAGGAGGGAUUGGCGCAUUCUAUUGUGCAGACCGAAAGCGAUGCUAUUUUCCUGGAUCCCACCCUCAUCAAAUCUCUCACGAAUGUUUUGGACCGAGCGAAAUCUAUCAAACAUGUUAUUUGGAAUUCCGACGAGGAACUCAAACAGGAGGAUAUGGACCGGUUGAAGACCGAGUUCAGCCAUCUCAACAUUUUGAGCUUCGAGGACUUGCGGAAGCUGGGAGAGGAAAAUCAUUACGACCCCGUGCCCCCGGCUCCGGAAGACCUGUGCUGCAUUAUGUACACAUCUGGCUCUACUGGCCCGCCAAAGGGCGUUCCACUCACUCACGCGAAUGUCGUUGCUGCGAUGGCGGGCGUUGACGCUAUCAUCGGACCGUACGUCGGCCCAUCGGACGCGUUGCUCACGUAUCUCCCCCAGUCGCAUAUUCUUGAAUUCAUGUUUGAGAACCUGUGUCUCUUCUGGGGCGGUACCAUGGGUUACGGAAACCCACGCACGCUUUCCGAUGCUUCCAUGCGUAACUGCAAGGGUGAUAUCCGCGAGUUCCGACCUACCAUCCUUGUGGGUGUUCCCGCAGUUUGGGAGUCUGUAAAGAAGGGUGUUCUGAAUAACCUGAACAAGAACAGCGCUCUUGUGAAGGGCCUGUUCUGGGGCGCUUUGUCUGCCAAGAACUUCCUGAUGUCCACUGGUUUCCCCGGCGCAAGCAUGGGUGCCUGGUUUCUCGAUAAUGUGAUCUUCCGCAAAUUGAAGGAUGCAACCGGUGGCCGUCUGCGUGUCGUCAUGAACGGUGGUGGUCCUGUGUCCAAGGAGACGCAGAAGUUCCUGUCCAUGGCCAUCGCUCCUAUGAUUAGCGGCUAUGGUCUGACUGAGACUUCGGCCAUGGGCGCCUUGAAUGACCCUGGAGCGUGGAACCCGAAUGCUCUUGGUGAAAUCCCCGCCUGCAUUGAAGUCAAACUGGUUGACUUCGCGGAUGCCGGGUACUUCACAAAGAACAAUCCUCCUCAGGGAGAGAUCUGGAUCCGGGGAGGCAGUGUGUCAACACACUAUUUCAAGAAUGAGGAGGAGACCAAGGCAGCAUAUGCCGAGGGAGGAUGGUUCAUGACCGGUGAUAUCGGUGAAUUUGACAAGAAUGGCCACCUCAAAAUCAUCGACCGCAAGAAAAACCUUGUGAAAACGCAAAAUGGCGAGUACAUUGCUCUCGAGAAGCUCGAGUCCGUCUACCGAUCUUCUCCUAUCGUUGGCAACAUCUGCGUCUACGCAGCCGAAGACCAGGACAAGCCUAUUGCCAUCAUUGUUCCAGUGGAAAUUGCUUUGAAGAAGAUUGCGAGCGAGAACGGUAUUGAGGGUGACUCUGUAGAAACCCUCGUGCACAACGAGAAGCUCAAGUCUAUUGUCCUCAAGCAGCUCCAGACUGCCGGUCGUGCUAGCGGCCUCAAGGGCAUUGAGAUUAUCAACGGUGUUGUCCUUUCUGAUGAGGAGUGGACUCCUCAGAACGGCUUCAUGACCGCCGCUCAAAAGCUCCAACGCAAGAAGAUUAUCAACAGGUACCACAAGGACAUUGACCGUGCUUAUGGAAAGAAAUAAUUGUGGCGAUUCUUUCCGUUGAAUAUACCCUCGAUUUGCCUAUCAUGCCAGCAAGCGAAACAGUGAGCGUGCGAGCAUAUGUUGAUGUUGACGAUUACUAACGUUGCCAUGAUGUGCCCACGCACGCCAUGAACUGAUCCCUGCUUACCGUCUUCGAUAUACCUCUUUGUCUAUUUCUCCUAUUAGUUACAAUGUAUGGUUCCAAUUCUUAUCCUCUUCUCGAGACUGUCCUGCUCUGUUUCCUGCGCUCUGUAUGCUAUGCCCCUGUACUGCUAUGAUUGUUAUCUCAGUAUCAUGACUCCUGUCGCGCUGUCUCGGUAUAAAACCUAUGCCCAGUUCAGUCUUGUCCAUUGGACAUCAGAUUAGGUACCUUCUUUACGCGGUACGCUAGGUUGUUUGGCUGAUAGCAUUGAUAUACAUAUCCUCUAUACAACCCUUUUACAUUUAUGUAAGCUAGCCAGUCACAUAGCAUAUACAGCGAUCAUAAUAAU